AUGGGUCAGCCUAAUCAAACUAUACCUACUCAAUAUGUCAUGAAUGAAGUUGGUUCAACAGCAACAACUGAAGUUGUUGGAGCAGAAUUAGUUAAUACCCAACCUACAAAGAAGAUGAAAGCUAGUGCAAAUGGUUCUAGGCAAUCAUCUGCUUGUUGGGAGCACUUUAUUAGAUUACCAGAUGACUUAGUUGAUACACCAACUGCAGCUUGUAGACACUGCCACAAAAAAUACCUAUGUGACCCUAGGACUCAUGGCACCACCAACAUGAACCAUCACAUUCUAAAAUGUGCAAAGAAGCCUAGAACCAUUGAUCCCACCCAAACUAUUCUGACAUACCCCUCUGCAGAAGGAUCUAGUUUGGGUCAUGUUAGCUCCAAAUUUGACAAGCAAGCUUGUAGAAAAGCUUUGUCAAUUUUUGUGGUUCUAGAUGAACAACCAUUUAGUGCAGUUGAGGGGGAAGGUUUUAAGCGUACAGUAGCUAGAGACUGUUUUCAGCUACACUUGGAUGAGAAACAAAAACUAAAAGCCUUCUUUAAGUCUGACUGCAAUAGAGUAGCACUUACUACUGAUUGUUGGACUUCUAUCCAAAAUCAAAACUACUUAACCCUUACGGCACACUUUGUGGAUAACGAAUGGAACUAUCAAAAGAGAAUUAUAAGCUUCACAGUUAUUCCAAACCACAAGGGUGAUACGGUAGGUAGGAAGAUUGAAAAGGUGUUAAGGGAUUGGGGAAUUAGGAAUGUGUCUACCAUAACUGUUGAUAAUGCAACUUCAAAUGAUGUAGCUGUAGCAUAUUUGCAUAGAAAAAUAUCAACUAUGAAUGGGAUGAUGGGGGAUGGAAAAUGUUUUCAUAUGAGGUGCGCUGCUCACAUAUUGAAUUUGGUGGUAAAUGAGGGUUUGAAAGAUAAGCAUUUGUCUAUUACUAGUGUUAGGGAUGCUGUUAGAUUUGUCAAGUCCUCACCUCAUAGGGCAACCAAGUUUAAAGAGUGCAUUGAAUUUGCUGGAAUAACUUGUAAAAAACUAGUAUGUCUCGAUGUUUCAACUCGUUGGAACGCGACAUAUUUGAUGCUUGAGGCUGCAGAGAAGUUUCAAGCUGCUUUUGAUAAGCUUGAGUAUGAAGAGUCGAGCUAUAGGGAGUUCUUUGGAAAAGGUAGUCCUCCUAGUAGUGAUGAUUGGGACAUUGUUAGAGCUUUCAUCUCUUUUUUAAAGUUAUUCUAUGAAGCAACUAAUGUUUUUUCCACCUCUCAAAGUACUAUGGAGUUCAACUAUUUGGAUUUACUACUAAUUAAUUAUGAAUUGAAGUUGGAAGAAUUUGGAGCUAAGACAUUUUUGAUAUAUGUAGAACCUGUGUUUAGCAAAACAGGAGAAACAAUUGGUGUAAACUAUAUGGGAAUGGAAAUAACUGCUGCCUUCAGAAACUGA